AUGGCUGAUCCUGGGAACAGAGGAGGGAUCCACCGCCCCUUGAACCUCACCUGCUCCCUGCUCAUUGUGGGAAUGUGCUGUGUGUCUCCUUUCUUCUGUCAUAGCCAGACAGACCUGCUGGCUCUUAACCAAGCUGAUCCUCAGUGCUGGGAAUCCUCCUCAGUGCUUCUCCUGGAAAUGCGAAAGCCUCGCAUUUCCAACACUGUUUCAGGCUUCUGGGAUUUUAUGAUCUACCUGAAGUCAUCUGAGAACUUGAAGCAUGGGGCUCUGUUUUGGGAUCUGGCCCAACUCUUCUGGGACAUCUAUGUGGACUGCGUGCUUUCAAGGAACCAUGGCUUAGGAAGGAGGCAGUUGGCUGGAGAGGAAGAGAAAAUCUCUGCAGCACAGCCACAGUACACAGGGAGUAAACAAGAUACAUUUUCUCAGCUCCCAAGAACACUUUUCCUAAAGAAGAAAGAAUUGAUUGGAGAUUUGAUAAGCAUGCAUGUCCACAGGAGUGGAUCUAGGUUCAUUGGAAAAAUGAACUUGGAAAUAAAGAAAAAAUAA